AUGGACAACCCGCAGCCAGGCUCUCUGAGCUGGCGACUAACUAAUCUGUUCUCUCCCUCUACACAGNCAAGCCUCCUCACCUACCUCUUCGGCCUCUACUUUAGCCAAAACUACGUCCUCAUCUUCAUCAUCACAAUCAUCCUGCUCGCCAUCGAUUUCUACUAUCUCAAAAACAUUGCUGGCAGAAGACUGGUGGGUUUGCGCUGGUGGAAUGAAGUCAACGCGCAGUCUGGAGACGGCAAUUGGGUGUUUGAGUCUGCGGAUCCGGAGACCAGACAGAUCAAUGCUACGGACAAGAGAUUCUUUUGGCUGGCGCUGUAUUCGCAGCCUGUGAGUUGGGUUGCGUUGGGUAUUGUUGCCAUCUUUAGAUUGCACUUUAUUUGGUUGAGUUUGGUUGGUAUGUUGUCUUCUUGUUCAUCCUUUGCUGGGAGUAUGGUUGCUGACAAGAGUGUACAGNUCAUCGCUAUCGUCCUUGCCGUUACCAACACCCUUGCCUUUUCGCGCUGCGACAAGUUCAGCCAGGCUACGAAUAUUGCGACCGGCGCCUUUUCUGCCAGCGGGCUUGCGAGCAAUCUCGGUGGUGCUGUGAUUGGCCGUUUCUUCAGAUAG